CCCUUCCUGCUUGUGUCCAUAAAAACACAGCAGAUGCAGCUGAUGUGAAGCGAGCUGCGCAGUAGCUUUAGAUACAUUUAGCUUAAAAACGUAAACAGACCAGACACACAACAUGGACUAUUCUGGAAAGGAGAAGGAAGCCAUGGCUUUAAUGGCUGAAGCUGACAAGAAAAUGAAAACUUCAGGGUCGUUCUUUGGAACAUUUUUUGGGAGCUCCUCUAAAGCAGAGGAGGCCUGUGACAUGUACGUACGAGCUGCUAAUAUGUUGAAGAUGGCAAAGAACUGGAACGCGGCUGGAGAUGCUUUCUGCAAAGCAGCCAAGCUGCGAUUGCAAAUACAGAGCAAACACGAUGCUGCCGUUAACUUUAUUGAUGCUGGCAAUGCUUACAAAAAAGCAGAUCCUCAAGAGGCCAUCAAGUGUCUCGGCAGGGCCAUUGAUAUUUACACAGAUAUGGGACGUUUCACCAUUGCAGCAAAACACCACAUCUCCAUAGCCGAGAUCUAUGAAUCUGACUUGGUGGACGUUGAUAAGGCCGUCGCCCAUUACGAGCAGGCUGCAGAUUAUUACAAAGGGGAGGAAUCUACCAGUUCAGCCAACAAGUGCCUGCUUAAAGUGGCCACAUAUGCUGCGCAGCUGGAACAGUACCAGAAAGCUAUUGAAAUAUAUGAGCAGAUUGGAACAUACUCCAUGGAUAACACCUUGCUGAAGUAUGGGGCUAAGGACCAUUUCUUCAAGGCAGCACUGUGUCACUUCUGCGUAGAUAUGCUGAAUGCCAAGUUGGCCGUGCAGAGAUACGAGGAAAUGUUUCCUGCCUUCUCGGAUGCCAGGGAGUGUAAACUUGUUAAGAAACUUCUUGAUGCAUAUGAGGAGCAGGAUGUUGAUGCGUUUACAGAUGCUGUGAAGGAGUUUGACUCCAUCACAAGGCUGGACCAGUGGCAGACCAGCAUGCUACUGAGAAUUAAGAAGACCAUUCAGGAGGACGAGAACGACCUCCGCUAAUCUUCUAUAAAGCCACAGUGCCCAUCAUUGGCUUCAUCUCAUGAUUUCCUAUGCACAUGCACUCAACCUUAUGAUGUUCCUCUCAGCCUUUGGUUUGUUUCAUUAGCUCUAAUGAAAGUUACAGUUGCCCGAUUGUUUCUCUUUACACUUCAGAUCUGGUGGUCAAUGCAAAGAUAUUUAAUUGCAGAUAACACUGUGAAGUUGUGUAGAAUAGCACUGGUUCAUAUUUAUUGUAUAAAUACUGAUCUCCUUUAUAGUUUCUCUAAAUUUACUACUUAGUACUACUGCUGCAUAACAUUCGCCACUGAUUAAUGUGAAAUAUGUAAAUGAACCUGUACAAUUUUGUACCUUUUCUGUUUUCCUGCCAAAAACUGAAAUGGCGCUAAUUGCUGUUUUCCUCUUUUCCUCUGUUGAGGAAAUUGGCUUUCAUUUAAUUUUAUGAUAAAUUUUUAACACUUCUACAAGAUAACAGUCGCAUUAAAGAAUCAACACUGGUGUAAGUUGUUUUGGAACACAUUCCACUAGGGUCAUAAUGUGGUACCUCUCUGUCUUCAGACUGUGAAUGAAGGCUGUGUGUAAGCUCUUUAUAGUUCAUAGCAUUUUUGAGAACAGUGAAGUUUAUUGAAGUCGAAUGAACUUUAAACCAAUGUUAUGCUAGCUUUGGGCAAUUAAUUUUAUUUAUUUGUUGAUCUAUUAAUUACUGAGGUUGGCUAAUAAUGCCAAAACAGGUGAACAAGAGUUAUGUUCAUAGCCUAGAAGUGACCAAAACUGAUCUUUAUGUAUUCAACAUUUCUGAUACUUUGCAAUCUAUUGUUUAAGGUUUUGAUUGUCUCAGCUUCAAAGCAGUAUUCAGGUGUUUUAUGUUACUGAAUUAUUUGAUUCCAUUACAUAUGUUUAGUUUAGUGCUGGUAUUUGAUUCUGGUCAAGGUUUGCCAGUUUUAGAACUUAUAAGUAACAGUUCAUUCUGUUUUCUUGAUGUGGCGGGAACUUUUGUCAUGAAAUGGACUGAGGCAAUGUUUGCAUUUGAGUUGUACUGUAAUUAAGGCGAGCAGCAUAAUUGAGCAUGGGAUGUAGUGGAGUGAUCUUCAAAGAAUGCACCCAGGUCCCCACAGCAAACUCUGCUCCCUGCUUUGAACGUUUUCUGAUAAAUGUUCUGAUACCCUAGGGCAUGUGUUUACUCCUCCAUGUGUUUACUCCUCUCUUCUGUUAUUGCUAGACUGUUUCAAAGGUAAAUAAAUCAUCUGACUCAG